UUAAAACUUGGACUUGGUGCGCUGCGCGCCAGCGGCAAGUCUUUGCGGCUGUAACUACACGUGUGAAGUGUUCACCAAGGCUUCUUUUUCUUAAAUUAAGACCAUGCCUUUUGAACGAUUCGUGCAGACUGGCAGAGUGGCCUAUGUUAGCAAUGGGCCCAACAAAGGCAAGCUUGUUGCCAUUGUUGAUGUCAUCGACCAGAACAGAGUUUUGGUUGACGGACCAGCUGCCAAAGUCCCAAGAGGUCAAAUGAGCCUCAGCAAUUUGCACCUGACAAAAUUCAGGUUGAAGUUUCCAUUCACAGGAUCCACCCGUGUCGUAAGAAAGGCCUGGGAAGCAGGUAAAAUUGAAAAGAAGUGGAAAGAAACUGUGUGGGCCCAAAAAGUAGCCGCUAAGGAAAAGCGAGCUGCCCUCAGUGAUUAUGAUCGCUUCAAGUUGAGAAAAGCCAAACGUGUGAGGAACGCACUUCGAACAGAGGCCUUCUACAGAUUAAAGAAAGUUGCUAAGAAAUCAAAAGCUAAGAAAGCAACUAAGAAUUAAUUGUACAUUAUAAGUAUGAAUGAAAUAAACUUGUAAAUUCAAUUUGCAAUAAA